UGCACUCUCCCUCUCACUACUACAUGUAUAUAAGUCUCUACAUUUCUUAAAUUCCUAAUAUGCUUUGCAAUUACACAUGGAUCGAUUCUAGUUUCCCUUAAAAACUGAAUUGUGGCAUAUUGUGUUCGACAAAAUUCCUCUUAGGAAAUCAUUUCCACCGAGUUAUUGGAGUUUCUCCUUUUUCUUUUCUUUAUUCUUGUGUUUUUGUUUUUGGGGUCUAAUCAUCGAUUAUUUACACUAUAUAUCUUUAAGCAAUAUAGUCUCAGUCAUGCUCGCUGCUAGACUUUUUGGGAGAGCAUUGUUGGCUGCGGCCAAAUCAGAGAGUUCAGCUGCUGCUGCUUCUUCUGCUGCUACAACUAAGGUUACUAAUCCACUUGAACAGUUCUUUGAAGUUGAUAGAACCCCUGAUGACGAUAAACCUGUUAUUUAUGGUCGAAGUUGGAAGGCUUCUGAACUGCGUCUGAAGUCUUGGGAUGAUCUUCAAAAGUUAUGGUAUGUUCUUCUUAAGGAGAAGAACAUGUUAAUGACUCAACGCCAGAUGCUUCAUGCUCAGAACUUGAGGUUUCCAAAUCCUGAGCGUAUUUCCAAGCCACCACUUUAUAUCAUGAUGAUGCUAUUGGCUUUGCUAUCAGAUUUUGACAGAACAUUCUCUUCAUCUGAGGUUAGGAAGUCAAUGUGCCGAAUCAAGCACGUGCUUACUGAGAGAGCAAUUGAUGAACAAGAUCCAAGGAGGUCUGCUGAGAUGAAGAGGAUGAUAAAUGCUCUAUGAUCUUCUUAAACUCUCUUGACAUCAGUGGUGAUGCAACCUUUUAAACUUUUUUAUGUUAAUAUGAUAGCUUUUCGUUUCUGUUAGCACAGGUGCAGGAUGGUCACUAGUUUGUCAUUUACUUAUUGAAUAGAGAAAGUUCUUCGGUUUGCAGAAUUGUUCUGACAUCCAUGAUGUGGGGAACUGUGAACUAUGUAACUAGGGUGCAAUGGAGAUGGCAAUUCUGUUUUAUAAUUAUUUGGAGUUCGGAAAUAAAUGCCUCAUUUUGCUACUCA